AUGGUACAAUACAUCUUCACUCCCUGGCGCAACCGCCACGAGCUGCUCGCCGUGCGCGCGCAGUUCUACCCGGAGCAUCACCACCACGACACCACCACCAACGCACCCCAGACACAACGAACACAACCCCAAUCGCAACCCCAAUCACGAACCAACCCUCAUUCUCGGCCCUGGUCACAGCCUCAGUCUCAAACUCGGUCCAACCCCACCACCACCGAUACAGCCACCACCAAUGCCGCAGCAGCAAAACAGCAGGCCGUCGCCCGCGUGUCCAUGUGGAUGCACCGCGGCGGCUGUCCGCACAUGGUCGAGUCGACGGCGCUGCUGAUGGCGGCCAUGUUGAGUGAUGAGGGGUAUGGGAACGGGAGUGGCGAUGGUGGUGUUGGUGGUGGGAAUGGUGGUGGGAGUGGUGGUGUUGGCGAUGGUGGUGUUGGUGGUGGUGCUGGUGGUGCUGGUGGGAGUGGGGCGGCGGCGGCUUCGAGGGCGUAUGCUGUGCGCGCGGCGUACUCGGCUGCUUUUAGUCGCUUCGUCACCGGCCUCCUCGACUCGCACCAGGACAAGCAGCGCAAGAUGUCCAUGUACGACGUCGCCAAGAGCGUCGGCCUGCCCGCCACCUUCGUCGAGCUCCGCCACCAGGCCACCCACGAGCAGCUGCCCUCGCUGCCCCGCCUGCGCGCCGCCGCCGCCAGCGCCCUGCAGUGGAUCUGGGACUACUACUGGCGCGGCCUGGAGGCCCCGCUGGCCCUGUCGUCCAGGUCCGCGGCUUUGCUCGCGCGGUUGCCUUUGGCUUCGUCUUCGUCUUCGUCUGCGGCUGGGGGUAUUUCUAUGGAUACCGAUGUCCGUGAAGAGGAGAAAGAGUUGCAUGUGCUGCUGAAAAGGUAUCUUGAGGGCGAGGAGGAGCAGCUCAAGGGCGAGAUUACGAGGUUUAGCGAGGGGUUGGUUCUGACCGUGUUGGAUUCCAUCUCGGGGAGUACAAGGGAUAGCACGGUGAUGCGCCGGGCGUUGGCGCUACAGCGGGACAUUUUGCUAAAUGGAGUGGGUGCGGACCGGAUGGAGGAAGAUGAGGUACCUAAGGGAGAAGGGCUGUCGAAGACCGGCUUGGGUGCUGUAUCAGGAGGAGUCUUGGGUACCGAAGCCCAUUGGGGUGGUAUAGGCGGUAUUGUCUGUGCUAUGGCGGUUAUCUACAUCUUGACAGCACAGCAUGUCCGCUUUCACUGCUGCCAGACGUCUUUUCCAGCCCAGAUACAAAUUCUCUUCAUUAACUGCCAGUGGGCGGGGAAGAGCGACAACUACGCUUACCUCGUCGUCGAUGACAAGUCCAAGGAGGCUGUUAUCAUUGAUCCGGCACACCCGGCCGAUCACUGGGACCAUGCUGGUGGGAAUGAGGAGCUCCUUUCCGAGCUCGGCCAACCCCUCGAAAUCAUCGGCGGCAAGGACUGCAAGAAAGUAACCAAGACGCCCGCUCACGGCACGACCUUCAACAUCGGCGACAUCGCCGUCAAGGCGCUACACACGCCCUGCCAUACCCAGGACAGCAUUUGCUUUUUUAUGCAGGAUGGCGAAGACAAGGUUGUGUUUACAGGGGAUACUCUGUUCCACGGAGGCGAGUUGUUCUUUGAGGGUAACGGUGAGGAGAUGCACAAGGCGUUGAACGUGACGCUGGGGUCGCUCCCUGACGACACCCGGGUCUUUUACACCGGGGCCAAUGCCAAGUUUGGUGUUUCGGUCCUCCCUAGCGAGCCGGUCAAGGCCCUCGAGUCAUUCGCCAAGGACAACCGGGAGACGCAAGGCAAGUUUACUAUUGGCGACGAGAAGAAACACAACUGGCUCUGGCAGCUGACCCGAGAACAGGACCCCGCGAUUCAGAAGGCAACAGGCGAGACGGAUCCUAUUGCCAUCAUGACCAAGUUGCGCGAGAUGAAGAACAACUUCAAGUGA